GUCUGGCCCAAUAUCUCGCCUCGCACUGCCCCUCAUGCCUGUAGUCUCAGACUUCGGUCGCUACCUGCGAUAUCUCAGUUCACUCUGAAUACUUUUCGCAUCUCUACACUGCCCGCCAUCCUAGCAACGCGUCUAUGACUCACCUCACCUUCAAGACAUCUCGCCUACCUGAAUCGUCGCCUCGAGGUAUAAAAGGCGGCCGAAAGUGCCUCAUUUCUCCAGCAUCCUCAGCUCCUCCAGCACUCGCCACACUCAUCAGCGCCCCUCAAGCUUCGCCGCAUCACCAAGCUUCGCCACCACCAACCAACAAUCAACAUGUUCUCCAUCGUCCUCCUCGCCCUUCUCCCGGCCGCACUCGCCAAGCCGUUCCCGCGUCAGACGACGACGACGGCGUCGGGGAGCACCGUCUACAUCCACCCGAACGGCAACACCAACUUCUGCCUCGGCGCCGCGGGCACGAGCAACGGCGCGGCCGUCGACAUCUUUGACUGCACGGUCAAGUCGGCGAGCACCCCGGCGUGGACUCUGAACAACGACCAGAAGCGCUUCCAGCUCAACGGAACCCAGAUGUGCCUUGACGCUGGUUCCAACAUCGGCGAUGGCGUCUCCAUGAAGAUCUGGCAGUGCUACGACAACUUGCCCCAGCAGCAGUGGACCUACAACUCCGCCACCCAGCACUACUCCGUCGCCACCGGCGCCGAGUGCCUGGACCUCCGCGACGGUGUCCUCGGCAACGGCGCGCCCACCCAGACCUGGCAGUGCAGCGACGCCAACACCAACCAGAAGUGGACCGUCACCGCGCCGUCGGCCAGCACCACUCCGCCCGUGACGCCGCCCUCGAGCACCGGCCAGGCCCUCCACCCGAACGGCAACACCGGCAAGUGCCUCGACGUCCAGGGCAACGUGCAGGCGAACGGCACGCCGGUCGACAUCUACGACUGCAACGGCUCGAGCGGGCAGCAGUGGGUCUUCUCCCGCGGCAGCACCGCCGUCAAGCUCGCGGGCACGAACUUCUGCCUCGACGCCGGCGAGAGCUUCGCCAACGGCGCGGGCAUGAAGAUCUGGCAGUGCUACACCGGCCUCGCGCAGCAAUCGUGGUACUACACCGACGACAACCGCCUCGCUGUUGAGAGCAAGGGCCAGUGCCUCGACUUGACCGGCGGCAUCCUCGACAACGGCAAGCUCAUGCAGACCUGGACCUGCACGGACGGCAACACCAACCAGAUCUGGAACUAAGCUGCAGCUUAGAUUUGAGCGAUGUAUUACUUUUCUUGGGAUCAUCCGCUCCUUCAAUGCAAUAUCCUGCAUACCUUUUCGUCAUACCCGCGCGAUGUCCGAUUUCCCAAUUGUCUCUUCUUAGUGCGCGAUAUGACUAUUCCUUUCACGCUCCCUUCAGACUAUGGUCUGCUCGUCUGCAACACUCGCUCGCUGAUCUUUCUUCUCCUCCUCCUCGAGUUCACAUUCCUCCGUCUCCUCUUCGUCUUACAAUUGCCUUCACUAAUUUUCUUUCGAAAACCUUCUCUUCGUGAGCGCGCUGGAUUGGAUGAUAAGUUCUAGUGCUCAGAUGAUUUACGAGACGGUCAUGAUGUUCAAGU